AUGAUUAAUUAGCAAUUGAAUGAGAAUUAACAAGAUAUUAAUGAGGGUGACAUCUCUUAAGAUAGAUAUGGAGAUGUUACAUUGAUAUAAUAGAAAUAAAAAACAAAUAGAUUUUGGAUUAAAGUGUGUGAAAUUAAUGAAUCAUUAAUUGGUAAAACCAUUUUAGUAAGAGCACGAAUACAUAAUUCUAGAAUUAAAGGAAAAAUUGCAUUUUUAAUUCUCCGAGAAAAUUGGAGUACAAUCUAAGCAGUUUUAACGAAAGGAGAAUAAACUAGUUCGUAAAUGAUCAAAUACAUAGGAAAAAUCACUUUAGAAUCUAUAGUUGAUAUAGAAGCUGUUGUUUUAGAACCAAACAUUUAAAUCAAGUAUUGUACUUAAAAAAUGGAAUUACAUAUAAAAACUAUUAGAGUAAUAAGUAGAUCUAUAUCUAAAUUACCUAUCUAAAUAGAAGAAGCUUCAAAAAGAAAUGUUGACUUUUUUUAUAAUUUAGAACAGUAAAAGUAGAAAGAGAAUUAAUAGGAAAAUACUGUAAUAUAGGAUAUCCAAGAAUAGUAAUUAUCACAAAAUUAAAGAUUAAAUAAUCGAGUUCUAGAUUUAAGAACUCCUGCUAAAUAAGCUAUUUUUAGAGUUAAAUCUGGAAUAGCUUUAUUAUUUAGAUAAUUCUUGAUAGAAAAGGGUUUUAUUGAAAUUCAUACUCCAAAAUUAUUAGGAUUUAAAACAAAAAAUAGUUAUUGCAAUUUUAAUUUAUAAUAUUUCAAUUAAUAAGCCUUUUUAUCCUAAUCAUCUUACAUAUAUAAAUAAUUGAGUAUAAUGGCUGAUUUUGAAAGAGUUUUUGAAGUAUCUCCUGUGUUUAAGGCAAUUCAUGGUAAUACUUAUAGAGAAUUGUGUGAAUUUAUUUGUAUGGAUUUAGAAAUGGUUAUCAAAGAACAUUAUACAGAAUUGUUAGAUCUUACAGAAGAAUUAUUUUUAUUUAUAUUGAAAGGAAUUGAGAAAAGAUUUGGUUAAGAAACUCAAAUUAUUUCAUAAUAAUUUCAAUUUAAACCUAUUAAAAUUUCAUAACCUAUUAUCAAAUUAACAUUUUAAGAUGGAAUAAAAUUACUUCAAGAAGUUGAUAUUUUUUAACCUCCUUAAUACUAUUUAACCAUAUCAAACUAAAAAUAAUUAGGAAAAUUAGUUAAAGAUAAAUAUGGAGCUGAUUUUUUCAUUAUGUAUAGACUACCAAGAGAAGAUUAGCCUUUUUAUGUAAUGCCUUGUAAAAUGGAUCCUAAUUUUACUUUAUCUUAUAGAUUUUUUUUGAGAGGAGAAGAAAUUGCAUCAGGACAUUAAAAAAUUCAUGAUUCAGAAAUUUUAAUAAAUUAAAUAAAAGCAAUAGAACAAGAUGCUUAAUUAUUAGAAGAUUACAUAAGUUUUUUUAAGUAUAAUAUUAUUCUCUAUUUAAAGAUUUGGAACCUUUCCUCAUGGAGGAUGUGCUUUUGGUUUAGAAAGAUUCCUAUACUUAUAUNGAUCUAUAUCUAAAUUACCUAUCUAAAUAGAAGAAGCUUCAAAAAGAAAUGUUGACUUUUUUUAUAAUUUAGAACAGUAAAAGUAGAAAGAGAAUUAAUAGGAAAAUACUGUAAUAUAGGAUAUCCAAGAAUAGUAAUUAUCACAAAAUUAAAGAUUAAAUAAUCGAGUUCUAGAUUUAAGAACUCCUGCUAAAUAAGCUAUUUUUAGAGUUAAAUCUGGAAUAGCUUUAUUAUUUAGAUAAUUCUUGAUAGAAAAGGGUUUUAUUGAAAUUCAUACUCCAAAAUUAUUAGGAUUUAAAACAAAAAAUAGUUAUUGCAAUUUUAAUUUAUAAUAUUUCAAUUAAUAAGCCUUUUUAUCCUAAUCAUCUUACAUAUAUAAAUAAUUGAGUAUAAUGGCUGAUUUUGAAAGAGUUUUUGAAGUAUCUCCUGUGUUUAAGGCAAUUCAUGGUAAUACUUAUAGAGAAUUGUGUGAAUUUAUUUGUAUGGAUUUAGAAAUGGUUAUCAAAGAACAUUAUACAGAAUUGUUAGAUCUUACAGAAGAAUUAUUUUUAUUUAUAUUGAAAGGAAUUGAGAAAAGAUUUGGUUAAGAAACUCAAAUUAUUUCAUAAUAAUUUCAAUUUAAACCUAUUAAAAUUUCAUAACCUAUUAUCAAAUUAACAUUUUAAGAUGGAAUAAAAUUACUUCAAGAAGUUGAUAUUUUUUAACCUCCUUAAUACUAUUUAACCAUAUCAAACUAAAAAUAAUUAGGAAAAUUAGUUAAAGAUAAAUAUGGAGCUGAUUUUUUCAUUAUGUAUAGACUACCAAGAGAAGAUUAGCCUUUUUAUGUAAUGCCUUGUAAAAUGGAUCCUAAUUUUACUUUAUCUUAUAGAUUUUUUUUGAGAGGAGAAGAAAUUGCAUCAGGACAUUAAAAAAUUCAUGAUUCAGAAAUUUUAAUAAAUUAAAUAAAAGCAAUAGAACAAGAUGCUUAAUUAUUAGAAGAUUACAUAAGUUUUUUUAAGUAUAAUAUUAUUCUCUAUUUAAAGAUUUGGAACCUUUCCUCAUGGAGGAUGUGCUUUUGGUUUAGAAAGAUUCCUAUACUUAUAUUUUGAUUUAAAAAAUAUCAGAAACGCAAGUAUGUUUCCAAGAGAUUCUAGCAGAUUAUUUCCUUGA